AUGCACAUUCAACAACGCAGUUGUCAGCUCAACGUUACUGCAACAGCGGUGACCGGACCUCAGAGCAAUGCUGAUUUGUUUGGUUUACCUGAGUGGGGUCCACAAGCGGAGACAGUUCCACAACAUGAAAACGUCUUGCUGUCGGAAGUUGAGAGCUGGCUGAUGGACAGUUGUAACCAAGCAGGGUUGGUUAUCCCGUUGCCUGAACCGUUAGCUCAAGACAAUGUGACAUUCGAUUUUGAAACCUUCCUGAAUGAUUGA